AGGGUUUUCAAAAAAAAAAAAAUGCUCCCGAGUGUGUUUUGUGAAUAAUAUCCAUUCAUCGAUAUCAAUCUGAAUGCAACCCAUUACAUCGCAUCGCAUCGCAGCGGCGUUUAUGUUAGGUACCAAAACAACAAAGCAAUAGCACACAAAGAGAAAACGCAAUCUACCGAGAGCAUUUAUAAAUUAUUGCGGUCCAUUCAAGCAGGCAGUCGUCCCCCAACAGAGAAUCCUUCCAAAACAGUGUUUGUGCGCAAUCAAUCGACCCAGACCAGACCCACGGAGUUUAGUGAAACACCCCACACCAUACAUCCCAUCAAAUCAAGCCCCAGCGGUCUCUCGCACUAUGAAAAUCACAGUGACUGCCUCCGAUGAUCGGCUUUUCUGCUUGGACGUGUCCCACGAUCUCGAGCUGGAGAACCUCAAAGCCCUCUGUGCGAUGGAGAUCGGGGCCGAUGUCGAUCAAAUUAUCGUCCGCUUGAAUGGCCGGGAGCUGACGAACAACAAGCAUUCGCUGCAGCAGUGCGGCGUCAACGAUGGGGACUUUAUCAUGCUGGAGCGAAGAAGGCCCAACAAUCGCGCAGGGGGUGCCAACAAUCCGGUAAUAAGUGGACUGGACUUUAGCAGUAUCGCUGUGCCGGGAUCCAGUGCAACGACCAGUGGCGGUAGCCCACCCUCAAUGCCCAACCCCAGCCUGGGAGGAGUGGCAGGAUGGGGUGGACUGGGAGCAGGCAACAGUUUGCAGCAGCAGCAGCAACAACAGCAGCAGAUGCAGAACCUAACAGACAUCCCAAUGACGGACGAUUUCAAUGUGAACUUCGAAGACGAUCCGGCGACGGUGAGGCAGUUGUUAUUGUCCAGCCCGGAUACACUGGCCCUGCUGAGGGAGUAUAAUACGCGGCUAGCGGAGGCCCUCGAUUCGGGGGAUCCGGACACGUUUGCCCGGGCUCUCAGGGAGCAUGUGACGGAGCGGAAGCGGCGCAACGAUCAGCGGGUGCGAAUGCUGACAGCGGAUCCGUUCGAUGAGGAGACGCAGCGUCUGAUUGCUGAGGAGAUAAAGCAGAAGAACAUUCAGGACAAUAUGGCGGCGGCCAUUGAAUACAAUCCGGAGAUCUUCGGCAUGGUCACGAUGCUCUACAUCAACUGCAAGGUAAACGGUGUGCCGGUGAAGGCCUUCGUUGACUCUGGAGCCCAGACGACAAUCAUGAGCAAGGACUGUGCCGAAAGGUGUCACGUGAACCGGCUGAUUGACACGCGCUGGAAUGGUGUCGCCAAGGGUGUGGGCACUCAGCCCAUUCUGGGCAGAAUCCACAUGGUUCAGCUGCAGAUCGAGAACGAUCAUUUGACGUCCAGCUUCACCGUUCUUGGCCAACAGCCCAUGGACAUGUUGCUGGGUCUGGAUAUGCUCAAGCGUCAUCAGUGUCUCAUCGAUCUGCAGAGGAAUCUUCUGAUUAUUGGCACCACCGGAACGACAACACCAUUUCUACCCGAAAGCGAGCUACCGGUUGGGGCCCGGCUCACGGGCAAUCCAGACGAGCAGACCGAACAGCAGGCGAUUGCCGAGGCCAUGGAGCAGAGUCGGAAGGAGGGUGCCUCCACAUCCGCAUCCGCCUCGGCAGGGCAGGGCGCGAAUACCAUCCAGCCAAUGGAUCGAUUUACCGAGCAGGAUGUCAGCGAUCUCAUGGCCCUCGGCUUUCCGCGCCGCGAUGUUCUCAUUGUGCUGAGGCAGUGUGGUGGCAAUAAGCAGGUGGCGAGCUCACUUCUGCUCAGCCGCAACGAGGCAGCCGGUGGCGGACUUAGCUGAACUCGGGCUGGAGCCCCCUGUCCCCCCAUACCCAAGCUCUGCCCAUCCCACCACAAACGCCACAGACACCUCCUCCUACUCCGCCUCCUCCUACGCACCACAAUUCACUCCUAUGGGAUCAAUCGUAACAAAAACAACAUGAAAACCAACACAAGGAUAUGAUGACGAGCAAUCACAGCCAGCUAGCCAGCCAGACAGACAGACACGACAGACAGCCAGCCACUAUAUUCCGUUUCAACGAAAUACUCUGAGCAAUACCAAAACGAAAAUGGAAAAUGGAUAAAAUUAAAUUUGUAAUUUAGGGAAAUUUUUGUAAACUAAUUAUGCCUCUUUUUUAUAUGAAUCGUUAUACACAAUAGCUAAAUAGUAGGAUGAGUAUGCAUUUGGGCGACGCGCGACACCCUCCUCCAAAACACACACGAGAGGACGCGAAUAGUAGGGU